AUGCAGCAGCAGCAGCAGCAGCAGCCCUCUAUCCAAGUUGAGAGCGAGAUCGUGAGCGAGAUCGUGAGCGAGAUCGUGCGCCCCGACUCUGGUGCGUCCAGCGGCCCCAGCCCCCUCCUCCCGAGGGAACAUGAGCCUUAUGAGCACUUGGCUCAGCUGCUCCGCCGGUUCUACAUCCCGAGGGGCGUCAAAUGGAAUGAGACUCAGGGGCUCUGGCCAUACGAGCUGCUCCGGCGCGUGCUGAACCCCGAACGCGUGCAGGCGUGUUUGAAAAAGUGCCCAGACAUCACGCGGAAGUCUGAGUCGUCUGUAUCGGAGCUCUGCAACACCAUCAUGGGCAGCAACCCCGCUACAGACGUUGGAAGGUGGCAGGAGCGUAUUGCAGGGAAAUCGUGCGGCGGGGUUGCUCCUGCCGUCGCCAACACCACCACCACUGCCGCCGCAGGUUACCUGCGGAUCUUUGCCCUGCUCCUCCUCCUGAGAAAGGAAGGCUUGAUCCAGGAGUUUGUGAAAAGUGGCGUCUGUGACGCCAAACUGCCUCUAUAUAUUGUUCUUGGGAGCGAUGGCGUUUACGAGAUGCCGCAGCCCUCCCGGCCGUCCCAUAUCGAUAGCAGCAAAUGGUUCAGUGACUCUGAUCUCGAGCACCUGAUGACACACCAGUGGAAGUUUCUCACUCCGUGCUUCACGUUCAGCACAACGAAGGACACGACGAAGGACAAGAAGUAUAUGGUGCCGCACUACCAGUUCCACGACCAAGUACUCCUGCCGUGGGUUGAUGUUGAGGGGUACAACGGGAGGAAUGCAGGGGGCAACGGAGAUGUCAGCAAGUUCAGCAUCAGCGUGUUUUCGCUUCAUAUGGAAAACACGGAAUUGAACGCCAUCCUAUCCGAGAAUCACCAACCCAAGGACAGGAUCUACGCGGUCAAGUCGUUGCGCGAAAAGAACGCAAGCGAAGAGUUCAAGAACGAGCGCGAAAUGCUCAAACGCUUCGGUGACAUCCAGCACCCGCACCUCGUGACCCUCCUGGCCACCUACCAUUACAAAGGACUGUACCACUUCAUCUUCCCCUGGGCAGACCUCGACCUGGACGAGUACUUGAACCGAAAGCAUCCCGAUGGGCCCGGGAAGGGGGACCAUUGUGGUUUUGUCCGCUGGGUAUUCAAGCAGCUGCAAGGCCUGAGCGGAGCAUUGCAGGGGAUCCACGGCCCGACCAGGUCGGGCGGUGCGAGCCUCGAGGUCCCGGGCUCGGAUCCGGAGGAGAUCAAGUACGGGCGGCACGGCGACAUCAAGCCGCAGAACAUCCUGUGGUUUGACAAGGGCUCGGAGUGGGCGGGCGCGGAGCAGCGGGGCAUCCUGGUCAUCACUGACAUGGGCGCGUCGGCCGUCCACAGGGAAGUUAGCCGGUCCAACGUGCCCAACCAGCCCCUCCCGUGCACGCCUUCGUACAAGCCGCCCGAGUGCGACAGGAAGGGGGGCAAAAUCACGCGUGCCUAUGACAUCUGGACGCUCGGGUGCGUCUUUUUGGAGAUGGCAAUCUGGAUGCUCGAGGGCAUCUCGGGCAGGGACGAUUUUCGAAAGCGCAGGACCUCGCAGUUCCUGGAGGAUGGCAAAAUGGACAAGUUCUACGACAUCAAGAGGCGUGGCCAGGACGGAAUGUGCGAGUUUGUGCUCAAAGAGAGUGUUUUGGAGUACAUUUCGAACCUUCACAGCAAUCCCAAUUGCACACAAUUCAUACACGACUUGCUGGAUCUGACCCUCAAGAAAAUGCUCUGCAUCGAAUACGAGGCUAGGAUCAAGGCAGAUAACCUUGUCAAAGACUUGGCAACAAUAGACGCCAAGGUAAACCCCAAGGUAAACAAUGAAGACUCCAAGGACUACGCAGUGAAGGCUUGUCCGUGGGAGAAAGGGAUGGCUAUCUCAUCUCCGUCGGUCAUGUACAACUUGGCAGAGUACCAGCAGGACAACAAAGGUAAGAUAGAGGAUCUGCGGCGGAGGUUUGCGGGUCCAGCCACGGUGGGUGAGAGCGGACAAGACGAGAUGGAUAUUGAUUAA